AUGUCUUUUACCCGCAUACGAUCCUUCAAAUCGCUUCCUACUCCGAUUAACAAGAUCCUUCAAAGAUUCUCCCAGAAUUUAUCGUCUAUCUCCGCCGCCGCGAGUGUCCCAUAUCCCAUCCCAAGGGAUGCCUCAUCGCGUUCCCUACCAGCGCAUCAGGAGGUCAUGUGGAAACUCGAUUGGUCUGCCUCUCACAUACACGCGAGAGUCAUGCUGAUGAUCAAGCUAUCGAAUCUCGAUGCGGCGGCGGAUCAGGCGCGUCUCACAGUCUUGGCUAGAGGCCGAUCAUCGUCCAGAACCUGCGACGCAAUCAUCGGCGCCAUGUGUCGCGCAGGACGGUACGCCGACGCAUUUGAUUAUUUCAAUUACUUUUUCAAUGUUUCAAACCUGAAACCCAACAUCUCCUGCUGUAAUCACAUCAUCGGAGCUCUUCUUCUUUGUCACGGAGUUGAUGAAGCCAUUCGAUUUUACCGCCACUUAUUGGUCGUCGACUCUCAUCAUCCGAACGAAGAGACGUACAGCCUCUUGGCUAAAGGAUUGGUUGAUGCUGGAAGGAUUAAAGAAGCAGAGAAUUUGAUCAUGUCGAGCGAAGCCGAAUGCCACCUGAGUCCGUUGGUUUUUAACCACCUGAUUCGUGGAUUUUUGGAUCAGGGGAAACUGGAAACGGCCUUGCAAGUUUUCAGUGAUCUGAAACAGAGGGUGGUAUCGUCUGUAGAUGAUCAAGUAUCCGAUUUAAUCCAUUUUGUCAUCGAUGAGGACUACAAUGGAAUUGCUAUGGUGAAUGCUACCUUCAUCGAGUAUUGGUUCAAACAAGGAAACGAUAGCGAAGCUACCAAGUGUUACACUUCUUUGUUAGACAAGCUAUUCGUAAUGGACGCCAAUACUGGGAAUACGCUUCUGCGAAUCCUGCUCAACCACGGAAAGAAAACACAAGCUUGGGCAUUGUUUGAUCAUCGGUUGCAGAAAGGCCAUCAUCAUCAUCAUCCGGUCCAGAUUAAUGCAGACACCUGUAAUAUAAUGGUCAACGAAUGUUUCAGAAACUCGAGCUUUAACGAGGCAGUCGAUACUUUUCAGAGAGUCGUAACCACCAUCAAUGGUCCACAACUCUGUUACCGGAACAUAAUCAGUCAAUUCUGUCAACACGGGAUGUUGUCUGAAGCAGAGACUUUCUUUCAAGAUAUGUGUUCCAAGCAGUUCAUCAUCCCAGACAUCCCCUCUUAUAGGUUAUUGCUCGAUGCCUACGCUAAUGCAGCGAGAUUCGAUGAUGCCACACGAAUAGCGAACCUUGCCGUUGAUGCUUAUCUUAAGUGUAUUGCCAAGUUUUGUCCCUUGUGA